CGGUGCUGAUCACAUGACUGUACAGUCACAUGACAUUGUGAGUUCCUGUUAUGUCUGUGUACCAUUGAAUAAACAACCAACUAUCCAGGGACACAUCAUGGAGUGUGUGAUAGUCGGAUUUGCGUUGCUUUCUGUUUGCCAGUCUGCUUCUCUGCCCAACUUCGUGCUGCUGUUCGCGGAUGAUUUGGGUUAUGGAGAUUUGGGCUUCUCAGGUCAUCCUACAUCCCUCACACCGAACCUGGACCGACUGGCGGCUCACGGGCUCCGGUUUACCGACUUCUACUCCACCAGCCCUGUGUGCAGCCCGUCCAGAGCAUCUUUGUUGACUGGCCGUUAUCAGACACGCUCUGGCAUCUAUCCUGGUGUGCUGUACCCAGGAUCAAUUGGUGGGCUUCCGCUCAACGAGACCACCAUUGCAGAAGUACUGAAGCCACUAGGCUAUGCCACAGCCAUGAUGGGGAAAUGGCACCUGGGCUACGGGGCUAAUGGUACUUACCUGCCUACACGACAAGGCUUUGACCAUUACCUUGGCAUCCCAUACUCUCAUGACAUGGGUCCUUGUCACAACCUGACCUGCUUCCCUCCAGAUGUGAAGUGUUAUGGCUUCUGUGAUGCCGGUACAGUAACCGUGCCUCUGAUGGAUGGCAAAACCAUCAUUCAGCAGCCUGUAGAUUUUAUUCAUCUGGAAGAUGCCUAUAGUACUUUUGCCACUGAAUUCAUUCGCAGCGCAACUCAGAAACGCCAACCUUUCUUCCUCUAUUAUCCCUCUCAUCACACUCACUACCCACAGUUUGCGGGGUGGAAAUCGGUGGGCCGGUCGCUCAGGGGGCCAUUUGGAGACGCGUUACUGGAGUUUGACUCCACUGUAGGAAACAUUCUGAAAACUCUGAAGGAAACAGGUGUCCUUGAUAACACACUUGUCUUCUUCACAUCUGACAAUGGACCAGAACUUAUGCGAAUGUCUCGUGGAGGAAAUGCUGGGUUGUUGAAGUGCGGUAAAGGCACUACGUAUGAAGGAGGAAUGAGAGAACCUGCAAUUGCAUACUGGUCUGGAGUCAUUAAACCAGGUGUCACUCAUAGUCUAUCCAGUACUCUGGACAUCCUCCCUACCAUUGCCAAAUUGGCUGGAGCUCCAUUACCCAAGGUUCAGCUGGAUGGAGUGGACAUGAUUGAUAUAUUGUUCAAUCAUGGAACAGGCCAAAGAAAGUCAAUGUUUUACUAUCCAGUUGACCCCAGUGAGAAGUAUGGUGUGUUUGCAGUGAGAAUGGGAAAAUAUAAAGCUCAUUAUUACACCAGGGGAGCGGCACACAGUGACACAACCCCAGAUCAGGAUUGUCAUUUAAUCUCCCCCCUGAGGUAUCAUGACCCUCCUCUGCUGUUUGACCUGGAGUCUGAUCCAUCUGAAAACUACAGAUUAAAUGAGAAGGAUCAUCCUGAGAUGAUCAGCGUGCUGCAGAAUAUCAAGGACCUCAAGGACAGCUUUGAGGCCUCGAUGCAAUUUGGAGAAAGUGAGAUCGGAAAAGGAACCGAUCCUAAGCUGGCACCAUGCUGUAACCCACAGUGCUCUCCCAAACCAGAAUGCUGUAGGUGUGGGACUUCCCUCUGACCAGUUCAUUAAUAAACAUUACAGCUUUUUCUUUUCUUUAAAAGGGAAGACAGAGAAGAGAUGACAUAAUGUAUUUAAGUCAAUCACUGCCACUCACACAUCCGCUGUGUUUAAUCCAGAGCCGAUCGGCCCUAUACGCUCACUACGCAGGUUGCAUAGGGCGCCGCAAAUUACGCAAGGCCCCGCCUCCCCAUGCCUCAUUUUACAGCGCGUGUUAAUGUUUACUGUGUAGAUGACAAUAUGAAGCAGAGCUAUCCAUCUGGCCAUGAAAAGAGAAAAAAGAAACAAAAUGAGAGUGAAAUGCGAGAACAGCAAUCAGGUAAACUCUUGGCCUGUCUGUCUGUCAAACAACAAUUUAUUGCGUGAACAUUCGUGUGAAUAAACGCCCAAGGGCAACGGUGUUUAUAAACGGCAGCUCGAUAACCACACCACGGCAGCACUAUCACGUUGCACUGGACAACGGUUUAAUGAACUUUUUUUAAAAGGAGGGAGGUUUGUAGUGGUAGCAGUGGGCUGUCAAGUGUGAAUGUGUGGCAAAUGGUUUACAUGGCUCACGUGUCAGGUAGGAGGGCCCCUCAGCAGAAUUUUGCUUAGGGCCCCAGGGAGGUCAGGAUCGGCUCUGGUUUAAUCAGUAAAGACAAUGAAUACCUGUGUGAAAUGCCUUUUUAUAUUUAACAGCCCUUUUGCUCUUAAAUUUAUCAUCAUCUAACACCGGAUAUGACAUCGGAUUGAUUCAAGGAUGUUUGUUUUCUGUUUUGAUUCAAAUGUAUUAUAAGAAUCAUAAAUAAUUAUGCCGUCUGUAUUCUUGCUAUAGCUCUAACAUACACAAUGCUGAGGAGUAAAUACAGUACUCAUGGAAAAAUUCAGUGAAGAAGUUUCGUUUUCAUUUUUAGUCCAUGUCCGAUUGCUUUCAUACGUUUUAUUUAAGCUAUUUCAAAAAGUAGUUACAUUUUUUGCUGUUUUUUUAUUAUUUUGCACACACUAAAACUUGAAGUGGCAACCUUUUUUUGCAUUGAUGCAAAUUAAAAUCAGAAUAAAAUGUUUUUUUAUUAUUA